AAAAAAUGUAACUAUUUCCCAAUCUUUUCCGGAACUUAUCCUCAAUAUUAACAUUCUUCAAUUGUAAACACAUGUGUCAUCACUGAUGAUGGUCAACUUUAUUGUACUGAAUUUUUUGAUAAACUUCAAAAGACAUUGUAACUUCUAAACUUUACAAUAUAAUUCUCGCCUUAUGGCACUGGCAUCCAAUGAUUUAUAAAACUGGCUUUUAGUAAUCCAUUGUUCAGUAUGUUGCCUAUCACACCGACCAACAUGUUUUUUGCAAAAUUGAAUACAAUUUCUUUGAUCUACAUCUGUUUUAUAUUCUACGAUGCUGUUAAAGAUGCUGAGGCACGACGACAAGCAAGAAUGAUUAAUGCGGAAAACACCCUAAUUGAAGAAUUUCCAUCAAAUGUCUUCCUUCGUUCCGUAUACAAGAUAAAUGGAACCCUGAACCUGUACUUCUGUAGCGGAUCGCUCAUUACCCCAACUCAUGUACUGACUGCUGCACACUGUACCGUCUGCUACGAAAAAGGUAUGGCAUCCCCUUACUACCGGCUCCCUCACCAGAUCUCUGUCAGAGCAGGGGUUGCUAAUGUUCGUCAGCGUGGCAACGACUACACUGUUAAACGAAUAUAUAGAGGCGACGGCUGGAACGUUCAGCAUGACUUAAAUCCAUGGUCACUUUUCGAUAUAGCCAUUCUCGAGUUAAACGAAGUUGUAGAGCUAGGCCCUACACAACAAAUUAUUAAGUUACCAUGCUUUUCCCCCGAGUUCGAUGAGGAAGGUAUUCUGCUUGGAGCCGGACCAACAUCUUCAGAUCCCAAUACAUACGGAACGAUGAAAAAAGCCACGUUUAAGGUCGUAUCGUGUGCAAGAUGGGUCCAAGAGGGUCUAAUUUGUGUCCGGAAUGAAACCGUUAAUUCGACUGAGGGUGACAGCGGUUCCGCUUUCAUAAUCGACGACAGAGUUACUGGAAUAAUGUCGGCAUCACCAAACAACCGAGACUAUUUUAUUCUAACGGAUGUCGUUAAAUAUUUCAAUUGGAUUGUGAAUAUUGUUGGCAUGCCGGAGGAAUUUGCAGACGAACCUUGGAUGUCAUAGUGACAAGUGGGGUUGCAGGAAUAUCGAAUCGGCAGUCGUACAUAGAAAUGAUUUGCUAUUGAUCAGCCUCUUGACUAGCCCUAUCAGUGAU